GCCCCAUAAUUCCCAUUCUAUUCUAUUCAAAAAAUCAUUGAAAUUUCAAAGCAAAAGAGAGAGAGCAGACCCGUCUCCCUUGCCCAUUUUUCUAUUUGGAAACAAGAUCCUGAUAUAGCCAUUGUUUAUAUAUAUAACCUUUUUUGGGGUUGUGUGGUUUUAUAUAUAAGACCCAGGUGAGAAGAGGUUUUGGUGAUUUGGGUUCUUGAGGUUUUGAUUGAUUUUGUGAGAUUUGAAAUGGCUGCUGCUGCUGCUGGUGUUAUUGGAGGAAAUGGGUCUUCUUGGAUUAACUCGUUUAAGGAUAAGUCUUCGAGGAAAAAGAAGACUGUGAACCGGGUUAUGGUUUCUUGUGUUUCUUCUAAUGUGAUGGAUCCGUAUCAGACUUUGAGGAUCCGACCCGGUGCCUCUGAAUCUGAGGUCCGGAAGGCUUUCAGACAGCUUGCCUUGCAGUAUCAUCCAGAUGUGUGCAGGGGAAACAAUUGUGGAGUUCAGUUUCACGAAAUCAACGAGGCUUAUGAUAUUGUUAUGAGCAACUUGAGAGACGAAACGACUCCAAUACAGAUGUAUGAGACAUAUGAUGAAGGAGAGGAUGAUUCGAUGAGAGGAAUGAACGAUCCAGAUUACGAUAUGUGGGAGGAAUGGAUGGGAUGGGAAGGAGCUGGUAUUAGGGACUACACAUCUCAUAUAAAUCCUUACAUUUAAAGAAAGAACCAAUUGUAAUUAAUCAAUAGAUGGUUCACUCUUCAUCCAAAUCCAUUACAACCUGAAUGGUUGUUCCUGUAUAUAAUCCAAGCAAGGAUAUAAAUAUCCUUUUUGUACAUAUCCCAAGCUAGAGAGGUGUUUUCCCUGGCAUUUUACAAAUGAAAAGUCCUCAAGAUUUUGCUUCUUACAC